GCUGAGUGGAGCGUCGACGGACUGAGGCAGUUCACUCAUUCUCGCGCAUACCGCAGACACAACGGAGGAAACAAAACUGUGCUUUUUAAAAGAAGGAGCCAUGGCAGCAGGGAGAAUGCGGUCUACACGCAGACUUCGGUCCUGGAUUGUCGAGCAGGUCAGCAGUGGGAAAUACCCGGGUGUGGUUUGGGAUGACGAGGCCAAAACCAUGUUCCGCAUCCCCUGGAAACAUGCAGGGAAACAGGACUUCCGCAAGGACGAGGACGCCGCAAUCUUCAAGGCGUGGGCGGAGUUCAAGGGGAAGUUGACAGACGGAGGACAAGACAGCCCAGCCGCCUGGAAGACCCGCCUUCGCUGCGCUCUCAACAAAAGUCCAGAGUUCAAGGAAGUGAUGGACCGAGCCCAGCUGGACAUUUCCGAGCCAUACAAAGUCUACCGGCUCGUCCCCAUCAGUGAGCAAGGUUUGGUGAUGCCUGAAAAGAAGAGCAGAGAAAAAUGCAGCAGGAAGCAGAAAAGGAGGAGCAGCGAGUCCGGGAGCGAAGACGUCCGCCAGGUCAAACAGAUAAAGACUGAAGAAGUCACGUCUCAGCUGCAGCGAAUGGAUGAGAUAUUGCUGCAGAGUGACAGCCCUGUGCAGCUAGAUGGACCCACCCAAUGCACCAUCGUACAGACAGACGCAGUGAAUGAGAUCAGGUUGGAUGUGCGGAUCGAGGAGAGUGUGCCUGCUCCUGCAGCAGUUCAGGACUCCUUCAAUGUGAUAAUUCACUAUUUAGGACAGGAAGUCCUAAGGCGUCAGAUCCAGGGCACCGAUGUCCGCAUUACAUACCUUUCUUCUUCUCCAAUCCCUCCGACACCUGCCGCCCUAAACAGAAGAUUUCCACGCAUUCCACUGCCGGAGCCGCCCUCCAUGCUGCCUGCUGGCCCGGAGCUGCAAGCCCUUUUCACCCUGCUGCCUUUCAUGGAGAAAGGACUGGUACUGACCUCCACACCACAAGGAGUUUAUGGCAAGAGGUUCUGCCAGGGCCGGAUCUUCUGGACAGGUCCACACACAAACACACCGGGCCUGCAUAGGAUGGAGAGGAACACUGAACCAGUUCUGCUCUUCAGUAAAGAUGUCUUCAAGCAACAUCUGGACCACUUUCGUUCAAACGGCGGCGAGCCUCCUCAGUGCGGUUUCACUCUGUGUUUCGGAGAGGAGCUGAACAACAUGGAUGACCCAUCCAGGAAACUGAUUAUUGCUCAGAUUACUCUACCGUGGGCAGAACAGCAGGUCCAGAGCGCUGUGUCUAUCUUUGAAUCCAUCUCAGUCCUCCAGUCGCUGGCCAGCCAGUCUCCGCUGGGAGAAAUCACCCUGAAUCUGGUCCCAGUACCUCCUUUGACUGCCUCCGAGAACAUCUCCAGAGGAGCCAUCUGAGCACUUUUCACUUAGGUUUCAUCCAAAAAAAAAGAGACAUCCCCUUUUUAAAUCAUUCUCGUAUGAGCAAAAAGCGUCAAAGUGAUACAAAAACAUGUCUGUCAGUUAUCGCUAAAGCUAAAUCCAGAAAAUAUUCCUUCUUGUACCAGAUCAGGUGACUUAUUCUACUUGUUUUGGUUGCACCUUAAGUAUCAGUGUACUGGAAACACUACAAGCAAACCAACACUGAAGUUUCAUGAGUACAGAAGUGUCAUAUCAACUCUGGAGUCCAGUGAAAGGCUCCCAAAAACCUGAUGGCAGAAAAGUGUUUCUGCUGCUUCCUGUUAUUAUUUUAAUGAAUUCUUUUCAUUGAGGUGCUCACAAAGAACUUGUCACUUUUAACCCUGACGGGCUGGACCGUGACGGGCUGGACCGUGCUGUUGUAAGCAAGUGUUAUGCAAUUAUGUUGAUACUGAAGUUCUUCAUCUACUUUUAUACAUAAAAACUCAAAACUUCCAGUAGAUCAGAGUCAGUACUAGUUUAAUGUACACAUCUCUGUUAUUGUAUCACUCAUCCAAUUCAAUUUCACUGCAAAUGUAACCUUUUUUGCACACAUAUAAAUGUAGGUUAUAGAUUGUCUUUUAAUAAAUUUUUAAUAAAUAAUAAAAAUACACUGUUGAUGAGACUGAUAAAAGACUGAACCACUGCAGCUUUGAAUCAGAGUUUCUUUAGAAACAGUACAAAUCCCUCUUUAGUUAUUAAAUCAUGACAUUUAGAGCACUUAGAUCAUGAGAAAACCACCCGUCUACAUUUGCCACUUGACAUCAGAUUCCUGUUUUUAGUGUUCGAUCAGAGGAUUUCAGAUGCAGUUGCUCCACUCUUAUUAGAUGUGUUAAAAGCCUGUUGCUCAACUGUCAGACUGGUGAUGUUUUGCAAGUGGCAAACAAAAGAAUUUAAUCCAAAAAUAUAUUACAUAUCUAUAUUAUGUACAGAGAACUGAAACUGAGUAUUUGUCUCUGUGAAGACCAGAUGUACAAAUUAUUGGCAGGUUCUGUAAAUGCUGAGAGUACAUUUGCAAGUAUUCAUUACAUAUGCACACACCAAAUACUUUAACUGGUGUUUUAAUGUAAUAAAAUGCAGCAGAUUGGCAACUACAAAAACAAACUAGUAUAACAGUGUAUUUAAAUGGAGUUCUCUGUGGUUAUUAGGAGACUAAAUGAACAAGCAGAAUGUCUUUGUAAAUGUUGAAUUCAAGAAAUAUGUUAACAUCUCAGUUUAGACCCGUUUUUACAUUUAGAAGCAGCAACUUUAAGAUUAAAUGAGGUUUAAUAUUAGUCAUAAUUUAAAUUUCUCCUUUAAGUUCAUCUACUUACAGAAUAGAUGUCAACAUUGUGAGCAGAACAGAUGUCUAAGCAACUCAUUUAGUCAAUCUUUUGUUAGCUUGUUCUCCCCAGUUUGUGAUGUAUGCAAAUCUAAACAAUAUGACCAGAAAUAAGGACAAGAGAACUGCAGUGGUGUGAAAUGUGAUUUUAAGGUGGAUUAAUCGUUUAAAAUCAGCAGGGUGUUGAGCUGAACUGCAAGGCACACUCAAGUAUAGGGAGAGGGUGAAAGACUACAGAGAUCUACCAAGAUGUAAAUAUUUAGGUAUUUAUGCAUGUUUGUAUUUGUUCAGUCUAGACACAGAAGUUAAAAUAAACAUCUUCUUGAACUUUGA